AUGAUAUUUCAGAUAUGGGCUUUCCUUUUGAUUUUUUGCAAAUGUAGCCAAAUAUUUGAAGUAGAUAGCGUUUGAAUUCUUGAUGAUAUGAACUUUAAGCAAGCUCUAAAACUGCAAAAAAAUAUUUUAGUUGAAUUUUUUGCUCCAUGGUGUGAGCAUAGCAAAAAAUUAGCUCCAGAGUAUUCCAAGGCAGCUUUUACAUUAAAAUCCAGAAAUCCGCCAGUGUAUAUAGCAAAAGUUGAUGCCACUGCUAAUCCUAUAAUUACAGAAAUAUAUGGUGUAACUGGGUAUCCUACACUUAAAUUGAUAUCAGAAGAAGGAUCAAUUAAUUAUUCAUAA